AUGCAGGAGAUUGACGCUGCAAUGAAAAGGUACAAGGAGGUGGAUGGGUUCACAAACCUUAUUCCACGUAUUGUCAAGGCAGUUCAGCCUAUGAGACACCAGAAGGAUUUCGCAGUCUGUGCAUAUACUGUUUCCUAUGUCCCCGUUGGGAAUCAGAAUAAAAGUGCAUGUGACUGUGGCGUCUAUGCAGUAAAGUUCAUUGAGUGCCAUGCGCUUGGAUUGGAGUUGUCGUUGUUGCAUGAUGGUAACAUUAUCGAAGCUCGCCACAGGAUUCUAUGGGAUCUUUGGGAAGCAGCUAAUGAUCCGGAAUUGAUUGAUAGGAUGUCAAAGUAUCAAUCCCCGGAGUGUCUCUCUUCGACUGUAGAAGAGAUUUGCUUGGUUUCUAGUUCUAAUGUAAUGAACACGAUUGCUUAA